GAGAAGACGGAAGGAUGCUGCUGAGGGGUGUGGUCAUAUGGAUGGGAUGAGAGAGGGGAAGGGAGGGCUACAUGACAGAGCGAUAGAGGAAAAAGAAUAACGCUGUGUUAUAAUUUGGAAGACAUGGUUUGUGCGCUGGAAUAAAAAUCAUGAGCAGGAAGGUGUAUUUUCUUUCCUCCCGAAAAUGAGGUACUAAUAGGAUCCAAGAUGUCCAUAUAUUUACAGUCUUUUUAGUCAAACAACCAAAAAAUACUCGGCACAUAAAAAUCCCACAAUGCACCCCUCAUCUCGUCCAUCCGUGCCCCCGCGUUCCCGCAGAUUUGACAAUAGGCGCAUAGAGGCAAAACCAAGCCAUGGGACCAAGAGGGAGGACAAAAACAUGAACACAGCAUCACCUCAUCGUGUCACUCGGGGGCCACCUGAGUCUUCCAGGUUAAAGGGCCCCAGUCAAGGUGCACGAGCCCCGGUAGUUCAGCCUAAACUGGUGCGGCCACAAAAGAUUGGUGCUCACGCAAUACCAGCAAUCUCAAAACCAAAAAGUGGCCGCACUGUAUUAAACCUUGCCCCAGCUGUGGAUCCAAACUGCAACGAGCCCAUCCUACCUUGUUUGUGUUGUGAUGGCCAUUCACCUCAGGAUAGCAACAGCCUUUUUAAUCACAACCAUAACAACAAUAACACUGUAAACAUCAGACAACAAAUGAAGCUCCCACCACAUCCACCUCCUCACAAUGAUAAAUUGGCAGUUUUAAAACAAGAUGUCAAAGAAGAUGAGUGCAAGCUAGAAGUAAAGCAACCUCGUGUUGUGCCAGUGGAGGAGAAAGAUGAAGUAAAUGGUAAUAUGGAUGAAAAAGAUGCAGAUCACCUCAAGAACGGUGACGACGGUGUAAAUGUGAAUGGCAAUGUUGAUGUGAAUGGUAAUGGUAGUAAUGAUGAUGAUGAUGACGAAGAUGAUGAUACUCUUGUUCCUUCUUGUGGCAAUUGCCCAGACUCCAUGCUGGAUUUCUCUCUUACAUCUUCAACUUCAUCUUCUUCCACAUCCAUUAGCAGUUGCUCAGAUCUGGAGUGCGACUGCCCUGAUACAUUUUCACUGUCAUCACAGGACCAAGAGGACCCUGAGCACUAUCAGUCUUCUCAUUCCCCUGCCACCCAUUGCCCUUCUUUUGAGUCCAGCGUCUUACCAAUGGAUCACAACCCUUCGACAAGACCACCAAUUUCUCCUUGCUCUAUUGAUGAAGGCUAUCCCUCAGCUCCACCCUCUCCCUGUUCUGACUACAUGGACAGGAAGGGAGAAAAAGGAACUUGUAUUAAAGUCAAUCUUCUUAAUUUUUUGGACUCCAUGGAAGAGUUGGGCAAAGUGGAUCUAUUCUACCGAAUUGUUAGGUUGGCACAUUGGGAACUGGACAAUGAGCUGAUUGUCAGAGAUAGGCUGGAUCACCAACAGAAGCUUCAGAGGGUCAACAAAGAAGUAAAACUGGCUUAUCUCUUGAAACUUCAGGAAGAAGGAUUGGACUUCAAUAAUGUGGAUAUCCCCAGAGUUUUGGAUGAAAUGGGCAAUAUUGACAUUUCAUGGAAGUUGUAUAAAAGCAACAAAUCAUGUGAUUCCCAAGAAUUUUCUGAUGCAGGGGUGGAUCUGACAGCCCCAUCUGACCUUGAUGAAACCCCUGUCACUGAUUCUCUGUCUCCAUCGCCACAGGAUCUUCUUCCCCCUCCCAGGCCCCCAAAAAGGCAUGCAAGUGCCCAACCAGAAUCACACAAAUACGAAAACAUCAGCGGACAUGUCUUUUCUGUCUCAUCCACCGAAGAAACUACUGCUUUCUCCACAGCCGUGUCUGCUCCUACAUUGCCUACACUAUCCUCUUCACCCUCAACCUUGAAACCACCCGCCCUUCCUCCUCCUCCAUCACAACCGGUGCCCUAUUUUACUCUAAAUACAGACUCCUCCACUCUCACCUCCCCAUCACCACCUAUUCCUCCUCCCAGAAGACGCCAUAAGGCUCGUCUGGAGGCACAGAGGCUUGCUGAGCUUGAAAGAGAAAAGACUCCCCACUCCCUUCCACCUCCAACUUCGAGACCUCCUCCACUGCCACCUCCACCUGCCUUGACCACAGUUAUCCCACCGCUGCCAUCAGUCCCACCCCCUCCAUCUUUUCAUGCACUGGAUGUUGAAAUCCGAAAGUUACUUGCACUGGCAGGCCUUACCCAAGCUGAAUUGCUUAAACUUAGUCCAGAGUUGGGUGUUUGUGUAGAUGUGGUUUUGGAGAAUGAGAAAGAGUCGAUAUCUGAGAUGUCUCAAAUGGGAGAAUCUAGAGUAAACACGCCACAAAAGGAAGAUAGUGUGAAUGAGGAUCUGGAUUCCAGAUUGAGAGAGGGAACUAGAUUCGGGAAAGACAAGUCCUCAAGUGUGAAGUGUGAAUUAGAUGUGAUCAGUGAAAAGGAGGUUUUGACAGAAGAACAGAAAGACAUAAACAGAACAACAUCUUUCACGGAAAUGGCAAGACAUCGUAAGAGAAAUGGUGGAAACUGUAAUCAUGGCUGUGGUUGUAGCUUUGGACACAAUGUCACCUUAUCACCCAACCCUUAUUACAGUACCGGUCUUAGCAAUACAGACAUUCCAGAUGUUAGCUUUGGAAGUUUUGAAUAUACUUCAAUCAUUUCUGACACCCCUCCUCCUCCACCUCCGCGACCUUUGCCACCUUGUCCAGCAUUAGCCUCUAAUUCAUCUGAACUUCCUUCUUUCAAGUCAUCCACUCUACCUGCCAAUGCCUCUCGUCCGGAUAGAUUUGACUGGCUGAUAGCCUUUACCCCAGAUACAGAGUCGCCACCCCUUGAGAUGCGAAAAGUGUCAGAUGAUGGCAUGGUACAUAAAACAACUUCAGGCUCUAAGGUCACAACCUUUAAAGAACUACGCAAUAGAAGCAAACAGAGUUCCCUGCCGGCCCCUGUCCUACCAGAACCUGAUCCAAGUGUAGUGACCCCAGACCCUGAUUUUCUUUACAACCUCAAAUGGAGGAGAGAAAAGAUUGAAGGGGAUGGCUGGGAAUAUACUUCCCAAGCACAAGCCUCUUUUCUCCAGCCGCCACCCACUCCCGCCUCAUUGUCCCUCUUCAGGGAAAUGUGCCACCUGAAUAUACAAGACAACUGUCCAGCAGAACCCAAAGUUUUCCAACAAAUUGGAUGUUCAGUUAGUGAAGGCAGUCUUAGGACUAUUUGUGGUGAAAGAUAUAAAGAGGAUCAACCUAAAAAGCUGGAAGAUGGGGAGAAGAUGGAAGUUAGAGGAAUGGCAGAUGGAGCGUGGACAUUGGAAUCCAGGACAACAGCUGUUCGCAGCUUCUCAUUUGCUGGCUCUGAGCAGAAAAACGCGGCCUGGAUGGGAGAUGACACAAGGCCCUCAGUGAGAACUGAAGGGCUGUCUUCUGCGUGCCUGCAAGAAAAGAGAAGUCGUACAGCUCUUGUCAGUUCAGUCAGUUUGGCAGUGGAGGCCAUUUUGGCUCAGUUCAAUUCAUCUAGGACCCAUGUGCAGAAGUUUCACACAGUAGAUAAGGCUCUCUCUGGAGACAGCACUGUAAAUCCCUCUCUGGGUCGGCUGGUCCUGCAGUGCCUUUGCCCAGCCCUGCGCAGUCUGCUCUGUGACGGACUCAAGCCCCAUCAGAGUGACCUUAUUGCAGGCAGAAGGCCGAAUUCACCGUGGGCAUUGGUUCAGGCCUCCACCAAACCAGGCCCAAGCACACAGGCUUUACACAACCUUCAGGCUAAAGUAGCAGGGUUUCCCCAGCUAAAGCACAGCAGACACAGGUUCAACGCCUUCCUGUUUGGUCUUCUCAAUAACAAGCUCCUGGAUUACUGGCUUUCACAUCUGCAUUCUUGCUGUGAUGUGUUGAAGACGUUUUAUCGCCCUAUGUCCUUCAUGCGCCUAUCACUCACUUCCUGCAAGCCUCUUUUCGAAGAGCUUCUUAUUCUUCUACAGCCUCUCUCUCUUCUAACCUUCAACCUCGAUCUGCUGUUUCAGCAUCACCACCUUGACCCCGCCUCCCCGACUCUCACUCCAGCCAGUCACAGCUCCAAUAUACGUAGUCCGCCAAAUGAAAACUUCAGCUUCUACUUGUCCCCAAAGGGGCUUUUCCAAGGCAGCGACCAUCAUCUUGGACGCGUAUUAAAGCAAGACCACAGUAGCUUGAAUCUCAACACAGGCCUCCCAAGCCUGUCUAGUCAUGCUCUUGACAUGUUCGAAGAAUCAACCUGUCGGAAUCCAUUUUUGGGUGCCACCAAAGAAGAAGCCAGUUCGCCGUUAUCGUGGUUGAAGGGGAAUGACGUGUCAGGGAUUCUUGCAAGCGGUGGCAGUGGUGCGAGUCUUUCCCAGCAGGCAGGCCAGGCUCUUCAGCAGAGCUGGGGGGCAGUAAUGCGUUUGGGGGAACGUUUGGGGCAAAACUUUGGUUUGGCCUCGUCCAGCUCCUCAGAAGAUGUUAAAGGUCCAUUGGAUGACCAAAAGACAGGCUUCCUACUGCAUCGGAAAAGUCCAGUUGAAAACAGACAGCAACCAAGAGAAGAUCUUUCCUUGUGGGAUCAUGAAACGGCUGUUCCCUGGAACUUGGGAAGGCUUUUUGGAGCUUCAAAGAGCCCCAACAACCCACCAACAAGCAGGCGGCCAUCUCAGUGGCUUUCACCUGGGGUAUCCGUCCUUACCCGCAUAGUGAAUCUUGGCAAGGAUUCACCGUCUGAGAAAAGUGAGCUGCACAGGAACACAGAUAUAGAAAAAUAUGAAAAUGAAUCAAGCAAGGAAACCAGAGAUCAGCCGAUGCCCCUGAGGGUGGUCAGAACUCUGUGUGACUACACAGGCACCGGGGGAGAGCUGAGCUUCAGGAAAGGGGAGGAGCUUGUUCUGUUAGGAGGCGUGGACCAUGACUGGAUAAAGUGUCUGCAAGGUGACAAAGAGGGCCUUGUUCCCAUUGGUUAUGCUUCACUUGUGAUGUGACUUAUCCUUAUUUCUGCUUGUAUGUGUGUGUGAAUAUCAAGGGAUAUAGACUAAUGAAUAUGGAAAAAGAUACCGUGUAUGUAGUAAUUAGUUGCAGUGUUUUGUGUUUAUCCGUUUAUCUAUAAGCCUUGUUGCCUGGUUUGUGAUGUCUAACUAUUUUCUGUGAUAUACAGACAUUAUAAAUUACUGUAUAAAUGAUAAAUAUAUCCUUAUACUGUAUAUUUACCAUAGACUUUACAAAGAUAGAUAGACAGAUAAACAAGAAGUUAAUGUAAUUAAAUUAAUAAUAAAACCAUCAUAUUGUAUUUAUUAUUAGGUGUCAGCCUGCCAUAACAAAAAGCUACAUUUAAAACGCUCAGCACAUAGUUGUCAAAAUACAUCUAUUCACUAAAUUAUAUUACAUUUCAUUACCUAAAGUCUAAUACAUAACCAAUAUUCUUACGGAGCUUUUUGGUUCGGCAAAAACUGUGUUGAAACCCAUUUUUCUAUCAUACCAUAAGCCCAUAUUUUGGCUUUUAGGGCGGUAUUAGUGACUACAAGAUUUACUAAAAUUUGUUUAAUUUGAUUUAUAGUAAAUUGUUUGGUUUUGUUAAAUAUAAUGAGCUGGCCAAUCAAAAAAAGGAAACUUUUGACAAAAUAGAAAAAAUUUACAGACCAAGAAAGAUGAAGUGUUGAUGUUGUCUAAAGAUGCCUAAAAAAGAAAAAAGUCUUUCUCUUUUGAAAUAUCACAUUGGCAUAGCAUUAUAAUUUCAUUGUUAUAAUUGCUGUAAUUUUCAAUGGUAAUAGUCAAGUAUAUUAGAGUUGUAGUGUGUAGAUCAUUUUACUUUUCUUACAGUGUGAUGCUAAUGUGUAAGAUCUGUAUCACCAUGAGCUUGAUAGUGAUGACUAUGCAUAAUAUGUACUGUAAUAUUUAUGAGGCUUGUUGCUGGAGAAACUAUACUGUAUAUGAUUGAUACCAUUAAUGAGUUUCCUUUCGAAUGGAUAUUAUCAGUUGGUCAAACACUUUGAAUCAGAGGUUUACAUACUGAACCUGCAUGAAUGUGUAUGAAUGUGUCUAGAAAUUGUAGUUAAUCAUCCAUACAACCUGCCUUUACAUUUGUGAGCAUGCAUGGGUACAUUCACUCAAAAUUUUCACACUAUGGCCCAGAAGUGUAGUAGAAAAGAUCAUUUGAGUUUGACCUUAAUACACUGUUUUUCACAAUCACGUGUAAUAUGAAUACUUGUGUCACACUCCUGACUUUAACAGUAUCUUGACACAAACAUUGAGAAACUCAAUUGAACGCAAAAGAGGAGUAUGCCUACUAGGCUGCUGUAUUAUACACUCAUUGACUAGUUGAACAGCUGUAUCAAGAGAGCAGAAAAAAGUGUGUCAGACUGCAUGAAACACUUUAGAAAACAGCUUUAUCCCCUACAUCACAUAUCUGAGGAACCUUCUGCUCUAUUGCAGCCAAUAGCCGAAAAGCAGAGUGCUACAAUAGCAGUAACCUCAUAAAUACAACUUAGCAUUCACAGCACUAUAUGUUUAAUGUAUGAAAGUUUAAUCUAAAUCUCAUGUUUUCACUUAAUCUAUGCCAUUUAUCAAGCUACAUCAAGGGGCAUUUGGUACAUUGCUGUAUAGUGUAAGUGGCAUUUUAGAACAUGUGUGACAGAACUGGUUGUAAGGUAAUUGCCUGAAUCCUAAUGUACCUGUUUUAAAAUGUAAGAUCAAUAGUCUUAAUUAUAUGUUCAAGAGUGUGUUCGUGGCGGCAAGAGAGAUUUCUAAUAUAGGCUGUCAUAGUCGUACCUCACAGGGCAAACUGCAAUCAUGCAUGAGAAAGGAGUUUUUGUUAACUUACUGUAGGCUAUUUAACUGCUAUGAUUAUUAUUAUUUGGUAGCUGAUAUGUUAUUAAUAAACGUGUACAGCUUAGUCAUGUUUCGAGUUGGCAAUUUUUUCAAGUUAACCAUUUGGCAAAAUCACAAGAUAUGCGCAAAGCAGAUGACUUUUACUUCCACUGAAAUGUAUUCAAAGUAGUAUACACAUUCACAUGCUGGCAAUGCAUUUUCCAUAAUCUUAUUAACCUACUGUAAUCCAACCUAGAGACUACAGUGAUUUCACUUAUGUAGCAUUACAAUAAAAUGCACACAAAACAUAAAAAAAUGUGUAUGUCUGUCAUCAACAUGACAGAUUCAUAAGUGGGUGAUCUGAAAGCUUUUUGUCAUAUUUUCAAGCUUGACAGACUCAGUAUUUACAUUUGAAACAAGGAGGUUACGCUUAAUCAUAACCAUUUUGCAAUUAAACAGUAAUAUAAAGACAGUAAAAAAGGAAGGAAAGGUUAUUGACUACAUCUGUAAGUAUAAAUAAAUAUAGGAUUUUAGAUUGAGAGCUUGUCGUAAUUAUUAUUAUUGAGCAUUGUCAUGUGACGAUGUGGAUUUACAGUUGUGAGUUCUACUUUGCAUUACCUUUUUGGAGAAAGAAACCAGGAGAAAGAAAGUUGUUAUACAGUAUAUAGUGCAUUUAUUCUUUGUGGUUUAUUAUAUCAAAUGAUCUGCUUUCUGUCUGUUCCUCUUGUCUGUCUCUCUAUCUAUCUCUUGUUGUGUGUGAGCAUACUUUCGUGUGGUUAUGAGUUGCAUAGCUCUGUGUGGUAUUGCCCAUCGCUGGUAUUACAUUUAAACAUAAUCUGUACUGUACCAUCUCCUGAGUUUUCCAGUUCCCUGUGAAUCAGCUCUAUGCAUGUUGGUGUUUGUAAAUAAACCCAAUAAAAUAUAAAAUACAAAAUAAAUUGUGUUGUGCCG